GUCUUCCCUGGCGGGGGAUGCGAAUGCCCUGUUGCUUGAAAUGCAGCCAGAAGAGAUCCACUCACUUUGCAAAGCUGAUGAGCUGCUAUCGGAGAGCACCGACCUUCAGCAACCUUGGAGUGAAUUGCACGACCACAGAAUUAAGGGACUUCUUUGCCAAAGCCCGAAGUGGUUCAGUUCGGCUCAUCAAAGUCAUCAUUGAGGAUGAACAGCUCGUGUUGGGAGCGCACAAAGAGCUGUCCCGGCGCUGGGAUGCGGACUACGAUGCCUUUGUGUUGCCCCUGCUGGAUGAGCAGCAGCCCUGUUACAUCCUGUACCGCCUGGACAGCCAGAACGCCCAGGGCUACGAGUGGCUCUUCAUCUCUUGGUCCCCUGACAACUCCCCGGUCAGGCUGAAGAUGCUCUACGCAGCAACCAGAGCCACAGUGAAGAAAGAGUUUGGAGGAGGGCACAUAAAGGAUGAGAUGUUUGGAACAGUUAAGGAGGACGUGUCCCUAAGCGGUUACCAAAAGCACGUGUCGUCCUGCUCCGCCCCGGCCCCGCUGACCGCAGCUGAACAAGAGCUCCAGCAGAUCCGCAUCAAUGAGGUGAAGACUGAGAUCAGCGUGGAGAGCAAGCACCAGACCCUGCAGGGCCUGGCCUUCCCCCUGCAGCUGGAUGCUCAGCAAGCUAUCCAGGCGCUAAAGCAGAAGAAAAUCAAUUACAUCCAGCUGAAGCUGGAUCUGGAGCGGGAGACCAUAGACCUGGUGCACACAAGCCCCACAGAGAUAGCCGACCUGCCCAAAAGGGUCCCCCAGGACUCGGCUCGCUACCACUUUUUCCUGUACAAGCACUCUCACGAGGGAGACUACCUGGAGUCUGUUGUGUUUAUCUACUCCAUGCCUGGGUACAAAUGCAGCAUCAAGGAGCGCAUGCUCUACUCCAGCUGCAAGAGCCGGUUGCUUGACACCGUAGAGCAGGAUUUCUGCCUGGAGAUAGCGAAGAAGAUUGAGAUAGACGACGGAGCCGAGCUGACGGCGGAGUUCCUCUACGACGAGGUGCACCCCAAGCAGCAUGCCUUCAAGCAGGCCUUCGCCAAGCCCAAGGGGCCUGUGGGGAAGCGAGGACAGAAGCGACUUAUCAAAGGGCCAGGAGAGAACGGCGAAGACAGUUAGAUCCCGGAGGGGCAGGAGGACGGGGCAGGAACAGGGCUGUGAACGGACAGCAUCCGAAUGGUGUUUCCCAGCUUCCACCCCUCCACUUCCAGGCCUCUCUGCUGACCUAGGGAUCUUUUCCCUCCAUCUCGGCUUUUCUUUCCCCUCCCCUUCCUCUUUUUCCUUUUCUUUCCUUUUUAAAAUCAGGACAGCCUGUUUUCAUGCUGGGGUAGAGUGGUGGGGAGGGGGGGCAGGGAACCUGGGUCUGUUUUCAUGUUUCUUUCCCCUGUCCUUGUGCAAGUCCUGGGGCAGUUGGAGGAGGACAGGAACAACAGGGAACGCUUCUCCAGCUUGUUCUAGUCCCACCUGGGUUUGUGGCUGUUGCUCUCGAUGCUUCCCCCGGUUUACCUGGCACCUGCACCAACUGAAGGACUUACUUGCAAGCUGCUCUAUGCAAAGGAAGGAGAUGACAUUUGGGAUUAGUUUAAUAUCGGAAAACAAAAUGCUUCUUUCCCUGUUUCCCCCUUCCUACAGACUUCCGCUCUCCCCUUCCCAGUCUCUGGGUCUAAGCAGCCCCUCUAUGCAAGUCUCCUAGCUGGCCGGGCACUGUUAGGUUGCAGGCAGGACGCCGUCCCUGCGCGGAGAGCUCUGCGGCUGUGGUUGGCGUUUGUGGCAGGAGAGUCUGUCCCUUGUGAGAGCCAGCGCUGUGUUUUGUCUGGAUUUGCCUUUCUGGGAAUGAAGACGCCUCUCCCCUUUCCCUCCUGCUUCUCGUGUAUCGUGCAGAGCAGCCUCCGUAGAGGACGUGCCCGCCUCACGGCCAGAGGCACUGGCUUCAGGCCCCCAUGGAAACGCAACCGGUGGCUGCUGUUUGCCAGCUGCUCUGCUCUCGCUGCUUCUGCUGGCUGGCUUUGUGCCUUCCCAAGGGGAAGAAAAAGCAGGGCAGACGCUGUCACCUUCCCGAAACAGAA